CCCGGUUACAAAAAAAGCGUGUAGUGCUCCUACAACCGCACGGUUUGAGCGCAUAGCUCGUGUGCGCGACAGAAAUCAUAGUCACUGCCUGCACAGCAGACCGUGUGCCAUAGUAUUCCCUACACGCCAAGAUCUGGAUGGCACAGUCCUUGCUUGACAAGAACACCCUGUUGCUUCUCGCCUGCUCGUUUCUGCUGCAGUCCGAUCAGAAUCUCCUAGCGCCGCACUUAACGACGGUUGCCCAUGAGUUCGGCAUGAAUGACGUCCAGCGCGACGAAAAGCUGGGCGGCGAACUUGCGAUGGGACUAUUCCUACUCGGAGCGCCGGCUGCUCUCGCGAUCGGUGCGUGCGCCGAUCGCUAUCCUCGGAAACUCCUCCUCGUCAUCAUACUGCUCGUCGGCGGCGCCGCGUCGUUAGGCACUGCGCUCGCGCGCAGCUACUCCGACUUGUUCUGGAUGCGCGCCUUGACCGGUGUGUCGCUCGGGUCAGCUCUUCCUGUCACGUUUUCACUCGUGGGCGACAUGUUCGCACCGUCGCAGCGGACGGCGGCGAGCGGUCGCGUGGGAGUGGCCAUGUCUGCGGGAGUCGGCUUCGGACAAGCGAUGAGCGGCUUUCUUGGCGCGUGGCUAGCAUCUUGGCGGGCACCCUUCGUAGUCGUCGGCGUGCUGUUCGUCGCCCUUGCGGCGAUCGUCUGGAUUGCAUUCAUAGAACCGAGGCGUGGCGCGUUCGAUGACACGGGUUCGGACGAGGACGAGCCUCGUGCCGAAACGGCACGACGCGAUCUGGCAGCGGUUUUUCGGACGCCGACGGCGCUGCUCGUGUUUCUACAAGGGAUACCAGGUUGCGUGCCAUGGGGCGUCAUUAUCGUCUAUUUACAAGACUACUUACAAGCGGACCUCGGCCUCAGCCUCGAGCGAAGCGCAAUGGUGCUCACGUGCUUUGCAAUUGGCGGCUUCGGCGGCCAAUUUAUUGGCGGAGAGCUCGGCCAACGACUCUAUUCGUGGCGCAAGUCUGCAGCGGCGUGGCAUAUGUCCAUAGCUGAAUUGCUGUCGGUCCCGCCACUCGUCGUAAUUCUCACGACGACCAAAGCAGACGCCAGCUUCGAAAAAUUGGCACCCGUAGCCGUGGUGCUCGGCCUGCUCGCCACGCAAACUGGCCCGAUCGUUCGAGCUUGCCUGACCAACACGACCGCUCCCCGGGCCAGAGCCUCGGCUUUUGCCGUGUUUGCUCUGUUCGACGACCUCGGUAAAGGGUUCGGCCCAGUUGUUAUUGCACGACUGGUGCGAGCGUAUGGUCGCCGGCGGGCGUUCGUAAUUGCGACCAUUUUUGGCUGGGGCGUCGGUUCCCUAGUUAAUGCGGCGAUCACCCUGACGCUUGAAGCCGACGAGCGGCGGCUCCGUUCCACGAACGAGUUCGAGCUCGUGCCCACCGAGACGCUCGGCGGCGCUGAACAGCUCCAUCGCCGCUCGCCAAGUCACUCGCCCGACGGCGACGCCGGCUUGAUCUACUUGGAUGCGACGUGAAAACCACCGACACCGCGUCGACGGCGUUCGGGGC